AUGGCCACGCUACAAAGACUCUCGUUGUUGAGGGUUAAUUGCUCCAGAUCCUUUUCGUCUGUGCGUAGGGUAUCGCCUGCAAGAAAAAUUACCCCUAGUUCCCAAGCUGCUGCUCCCCAAACUGCCGCCUCGCCUUUGCCUCCAUUAAAGGCCACAGAACAAGAGCCAGUGUCAGCUCCAAAAGGAAAUGCAUUUGGCUCAUCGGAACUGAGUCUGGUAUCCAGUAAAUUUCCUCUCAAAGAUGCUGCUUCGGUCGAAUACCUGGGGGCUCAUGGAAUUGACUGGUCUGACUCUUUCCAUGGUUUGGGACAACAGGCCUUUAGCAAAGAAGCUGUCGAUACACUUUUGGCGCCUUUGGCAUCUGAAGAUAUCGAGAUCAAGCCCGAUGGACUCUUGUAUUUGCCUGAAAUUAAAUAUAGACGUAUUCUCAAUCGUGCGUUCGGUCCUGGUGGCUGGGGGUUGGCUCCUAGAACCGAAACGCUUGUGACUCCCAAACAAGUGAGCAGAGAAUACGCGUUGGUUUGCAAUGGCCGCUUGGUGUCUGUCGCUAGAGGAGAGCAGGAUUAUUUUGGCGGAGAAGAGAAAUUGACCACCGCUUUGGAGGGUUGCAAGAGUAACGCGCUCAUGAGAUGCUGCAAAGAUUUGGGAAUUGCCAGUGAGUUGUGGGAUCCCGUGUUCAUCCGUAAGUUCAAAAAAUCACAUUGUGAUGAGAUGUUCGCAGAGCACGUUGUCACAAAGAAGAAGAAGAAACUUUGGAAGUUGAAGGUUAACUCGUUUGAGUACCCAUACAAGGCAAGUUAG